AUGGCUCGCUCCAGCGCUGUUGCUUUAAUGAUAAUGGCAAUUUUCAUGACCUCUGCGUUAGCUCAACCUCCUGCAUCCUCACCGGCAUCUUCUCCAGUGAAAUCUCCGCAGUCAUCGACUUCAAAUCUGGAACCAGCCGCCGCUCCUCAGUCUCAGCCACCUGAAAAGAGUAGCACUCCUCCGAAUCCUUCUUCUGCAGAAUCUCCUCCUCCUCCUCGUCCUAGUACUCCAGAGUCUUCUCCUGCUCCAGUAACGUCUUCUCCUUCCCCCUCCGCAAUCUCGGUGCCGCCGUCUGAUGCUCCUUCACCGGCUGAAAACAGCGGCAUUUCGAACAGAUUUGCUAUUUCUGGAACUGUGGCUGCUGCUCUCUUUGUUACCGUUUUGGUGAUGUAG